UUCUUCGAGCUGUCUUCAUUCACUCUUGCAAGCUUCAUCCCCCGUCCCCUCGCGUACGACGUAAUCAGCUUCCUGGAUGGGGCACAUUAUCUACGUGAUGGCAGAUCGUGACGACGCGAUACCUACAAAAGUGUUCGAUCGUACGAUAGUCACUCGGCAGUGCUUUGCGCGUAAAGGGUCUGCCAAGAUUCGCGGAUGUCGCUUAUAGUUUAUUUUACGAUUCCGACGUAUCGACGACUCUGAAGGGACACCGUAACGAACACCGAGGAUUUAGGCAGACACAAUGGUGACGUCCGCGGGAUGAUCGAGUACGCGACUCUGGUGAUUUUCCUGGUGCUCAGAUAUAAACGGUGAAUGAAAUUUUGAAGUGCCGCGUUACUAAAUCGGAAGCAAUGUCGCUGAGCCGUCGCAUAUCUGGAGUCGUCGCGAUCCUCAGGGGCACGCCGGAAGUUAGGGAAGCCCAGACGUCACGUUCCGACGAGAUCGAUAAAAUAACGACCGUGGACGAAGAGAAGGUCCCUCCUCAAAUGACGCCGCUCGACAGAUUGCAAAUAGUAGUAGAUUGGAUAGGCGUGAACUUGCUUUUGGUUUUUACGAUCAUCGCAGUCCUGCUAGGUCUUAUCCUCGGAUUUCUCGGCCGAUUAGCGAAUCCGUCGCCACUAGUUAUCACACUUGUCAAUUUCCCUGGAGAACUUCUCAUGCGGCUAUUGAAGAUGUUCAUUCUACCGCUGAUCAUCUCAUCGCUCAUCUCCGGAAUGGCACAGCUGGACCCGAAAGGGUCAGGGAGAAUCGGUCUCAGAGCGUUGAUAUAUUAUACCGCAACAACUAUUCUCGCGGCCGUAAUUGGUAUCGUGAUGGUACUGAUGAUCCAUCCCGGUGAUCCCAGGAUCAAAUCUACCGUCAGUGCGCCCAAAGCCGAGAUCACUAAAAUCUCCACGUUAGACGCUAUCCUCGAUAUAAUUAGAAACAUGGUGCCGGAAAAUUUGGUGCAGGCUUGCUUCCAGCAGGCGCAGACGACUUACGUGACGAAGGACGUUGUGGUCAUAGGGAGUACGAAUCGAAGCAAUCAAAUCCUAGAGCCAACGUUAAUAUACAGAGAUGGGACAAACGUGAUGGGAAUAAUAAUGUUCUGCAUCACGUUCGGCCUCCUCGCUGGACAGAUCGGUCCACGUGGACGGUUGAUGGUCGACUUCUUUGUCGUCCUGAACGAUAUAAUCAUGAGACUCGUUACAAUGAUCGUGAUGUGGUAUUCUCCGUUCGGAAUCAUGUGUCUGAUAACUGGAAAAAUAAUGUCAAUUAAGAAUCUUGGAGCAACUGCUCAGAUGUUAGGUCUGUACAUGGUGACGGUCGUGUUGGGCUUACUCAUUCACGCUGUAAUCACUUUACCACUGAUAUUUUGGAUUAUAACGCGGCAGAAUCCGGCCGUAUUCUUUAGGGGUAUGAUGCAAGCUUGGAUCACAGCGUUAGGAACAGCAUCGAGUGCCGCAACUUUGCCCAUAACGUUUCGUUGCCUCGAGGAGAACAAUAAAAUUGAUUCACGCGUAACGCGAUUCGUAGUAGCCGUAGGAGCUACGGUGAACAUGGAUGGUACGGCUCUUUACGAAGCGGUAGCCGCGAUUUUUAUCGCUCAAUUGAACGGAAUUUCGAUGGGAAUCGGCGAAGUUAUAACAGUCAGUCUGACGGCUACCUUAGCGAGCAUUGGGGCUGCGAGUAUUCCCAGCUCGGCUUUGGUUACGAUGUUAAUAGUGCUCACAGCUUUGGGUCUACCAACGAACGAUGUUUCUCUGCUAUUUACCGUUGAUUGGUUAUUGGAUCGAAUCAGAACUUCGAUCAACGUACUGGGCGACGGGUACGGGGCCGGGAUAGUUUAUCAUUUGAGCAAAGAGGAAUUGGAGAGAAUGGAUCAGGAAAAGAAAUUGGAGAUCCUUGAAACGGGGACACCUCUCGAGGAUAUUCCUGAGAAAUCUCGGCGCAGUAGUGCACCUAUCCUCGAGCAAAGUUCCGAAACGAAGAUCUGAUUCGCUAGAAUAUCGACGUAAACGGAAGUAAAUUAAAUUUGUUACGACAUCGUACUGACGCGAAGCUUUAUCCCUUCACUGCCAACUCAAUAUUCGUUUUGUAAAAAUAUGUAUACAUAAUUACAAAUUCUUUUAAGUGUUGAAAGGAAUAUUUUUAAUUGAAAUACGGUAAGAAGGAGUAAAAAGUGAGCUUAUCAAGUACAAAGCAAUAUUAUUGUGAACCACUUGUGUCCGCAGUACAAUAUAUAUGCAAUGAUUUAAGUACUGAUAAGGAUCGAUGGAACAUCGCUGUACAGAGAGCUAAACCUUAGAUUUAUUUUUUAAUUCAGACAUUUAAUUAUGUUUAAAAUAAAUAUGUUUUAAUAGUCCAAUAUUUUAUAAUAAAUGUAAUUAUACGAAAAAAAAAUGUAUCGACGAUGUAUUUAGUAAAUUUUUACCGCAUAAAUCAAUUCACCCUUAUUUCGCUUAUGUAGUAUAUUAUAUCUGUUAAACAAUUAGGGGAGUCGGAGACGAUAUAUAACUGAUAAAAUUAAACAGAUGGAACAGAUGAAAUAAAUGUAUUUUUGAAAGUGUCACAUGUACAGACAUAUACAAUAAAUCGCAUAGUGCUUCA